AUGGAAGAUUUGCAGCUGGUCAGUGGUCAAACAGCUCCACCUUUUGGUUAUUAAGCAUGUCUACGUCUUCACCAUUGUUCCCAAGUGGAGACAGAGGGUAUAGUCAUCAUGAAAUGACUAAAACAGUUUUAAGUUAAACCUUCUACUGUUCGACUGCAGCAAAAGAGCAUACUGGACCUAGUUGAGGAAGUGAAGGCUCUGCGGCUCCUGAAUGCCGAAAAAGAUAAGAGAAUCACCUAUCUGGAAGGCAGAGUCGCAGACCUGGAGCAGUACACGCAGGUCAAUGACGUGAUCAUCACCGGGCUCAAAAUAAAGCCUCGGUCAUACGCGCGAGCGGUGACCAAGGAUGGCGGAGAAGAGCCCGGUGAGCCAGAUGCUGACUCAGCAGAGCAACAGGUAGCUGACUUCUUAAAGUCCAAGGGAGUCGAGUUGGACUGUAAGUACAUAGAGGCAUGCCACCCUCUGCACAGGAGGAACGGACCAGCCGUAAUACUGUGA